CAGAUGAUGGAGAUCAUUGGCAGAGAAGAAUUCUGUUUUCCACACCUCUUCAACAACUCCUGCAGGAAGCCAAGUCUUCACUGGUUUGAAUUUGUGUUUCAGAACAUAAUGCAGUCUUUCAUCUCUCUGAUCACUGCAGCUUUAAACCUGCUCAUCAUCAUCUCAGUUUCACAUUUCAGGCAGCUCCACACCUCCACUAACAUUCUUCUCCUCUCUCUGGCUGUCUCCGACUUUCUUGUUGGUCUCCUGCUGAUGCCUUUAGAAAUCUUCAAAAACACAACCUGCUGGUUUCUUGGGGAUAUCAUGUGUGCUGCAUUUUGUUAUCUGACCUGGCACAUCCCUUUGGCUUCGGUUGGAAACAUUAUUCUCAUAUCAGUUGACCGCUAUAUUGCUAUUUGUGACCCUCUGCAGUAUUCCAUCAGAAUCUCCAGAGUAAGAGUCAAACGUUGGGUUUGUCUGUCUUGGCUCUGGUAUGGUCUCUACAGCCUUUUCUUUAUGAAAGAUGAAUUGGUUCAACCAGGCAGGAAUAACUCCUGCUUGGGGGAAUGUGUAGUUUUCAUAAAUUAUGUUACUGGUACUAUUGACCUUAUUUUGAACUUCAUUAUACCAGUUGCCAUCAUAGUGUUUCUGUACAUGAGAGUAUUUAUGGUGGCUGUGUCUCAGGCUCGUGCCAUGCGCUCUCAUGUUACAGCUGUCACACUUCAGCAUUCCAUUAAACUAAAAACUAUGAACUCUGAGUUAAAAGCAGCCAGGACUCUUGGUGUUCUUGUUGUCGUAUAUCUAAUAUGCUACUGCCCUUAUUACAUUUAUUCUCUUGUUGAAGUUGAUUUAACCAGUACAUCAUAUGCAUCUUAUUUGUUCUUUCUCUUUUAUUUAAAUUCCUGUCUAAACCCAGUGAUCUAUGCUCUGUUUUACCCCUGGUUCAGAAAAACUGUUAAACUCAUUGUCACUCUGCAGAUACUACAGCCUGGCUCCUGCGACAUCAACAUACUGUAG